UGGCGAGUUUGAUGGAGGGGUAGAUUUUUGUUCUUUACCCCCACUAUCCAAGGAAACAUCCGAGGAAUCUGCCGAUCUAGGAACUUGGCCUUGGGUCAUUCUUUGGUUAUGAGCUUCUGUCACAACUUGGAGCUUAGUAAACUGUCAUUCAUUCAUUCAUUCAUCUUCUACCCCAAAAUCAGUUGAUAUGGAGACAACCUUGCCGCUCCCUUUUUUGGUCGACGUCUCCGUUCCGUCGAGUGCGGCCUCAAUCGAAGGAUUGACACGGGAUGAAGUGGCAUGCCUUGGUUGCGUCUUCUUCGAGGUGACUCAAGACCGACUAGAGGAGCAACUUGACUACUUGCGCCAGCACAGUGGCGAGUCCCAGACUUUCUUUGAUGCAACCGGCUUGGAAUCCAAAGACGCCAUUAUCUCAAUCCUGGACCACGGCGCACGAAAGGUGUUUGUCCAGCCAGAGAGACUGUCUGAGUUCGCCGAGUUCCGUGGUAGAGUGGCUCCCGCUGUGAGCAAGACGAGUCAACUAUCCGAGGGCACGGAAUUCGGAUUGCUGUUCAAGGACUUUGACCAAACAAGAUGUGAUGUCGAAAAGUUUCUCGAAAAGAGUAGAGCUAUCCUAGAGAAGCUCCCUCCCCUCUACAUCAAGCCCCUAACUGGCACGGUCUAUGAGCACUUUGUGGAUAUCUGUGUACAGAUCUCAGCUAUCCCUAUUUUGCCAUCCAAGAGCUUGACCACCAAGAAGGAUGACUCCUCGAGGCUUCUUAUUUCAAAGCUGUUCUCGGGAUCGUGGAGAUCCGACCGUGCCGAUAAGCUUUUGCCCACUUUGGUGUGUGAUGAGAGAGGUAUUGCUCUCGGGCUUGUGUACAGCAGUGAGGAGAGCGUCGCCGAAUCGUUAAGAACCCAGACCGGCGUCUACCAAAGCCGAAAACGCGGUCUCUGGUAUAAGGGGGCAACCUCUGGAGAUACGCAGGAACUGGUCCGCAUAUCCCUGGACUGUGACAACGAUGCUUUAAAGUUCAUCGUCAGGCAGAAGGGCAGAUUCUGCCACCUCGACCAGUUCGGAUGUUUCGGCGACCUAAACGGCAUCUCAAAGCUGGAACAGACUCUCGUGUCUAGAAAGGAGUCGGCACCAGAGGGCUCUUACACGGCACGCCUCUUCUCCGACGAGAAACUGCUUCGAGCGAAGAUCAUGGAGGAAGCUGAGGAGCUAUGCGAGGCCCAGACCAAAGAAGAGGUAGCAUUCGAAGCUGCAGACCUAAUCUACUUUGCUCUCACAAAAGCAGUGAGCGCCGGGGUCAGCUUGUCUGAUAUUGAGCACAACUUGGAUGCCAAGAGCUUGAAGGUGAAGCGAAGAACAGGAAAUGCCAAGGGUAAAUGGGCAGAAAAGGAGGGGAUUACCAACGGUGCUGCUGAAAAUGCCAAAGAGAUUGCCAAGGAAUCUACUGCUCCGCUCACACCAGCCCCUGCGAAUGCAGCUCAAAAUGCACCUGAUAUUAAGAAAAUCACCAUGAAGCGGGUAGAUGCCAGUGAGGUCGGUGAAGAGAAGGUUUCAGAGACUCUGAGGCGCCCAUCUCAGAAAUCAGCAGAGGCCAUUAUGGGCAUCGUCGCACCCAUUAUCAACGACGUUCGGCUGAACGGUGACAAGGCUCUUCUCUCUUACACACACAAAUUUGAGAAGGCCACUUCUCUGACAUCCCCCGUUCUCAAAGCACCAUACCCUCAAUCAUUGAUGAAUCUGCCUGAGGAGACCAUUAAAGCGAUUGAUGUCUCAUACGAGAACAUUCGAAAGUUCCACGCUGCGCAGCAGGACGAGAAGCCGCUGCAAGUGGAGACCAUGCCAGGCGUUGUCUGCAGCAGGUUCUCGAGGCCCAUUGAGCGCGUCGGUCUAUAUGUUCCUGGUGGCACUGCCGUUCUGCCCAGCACAGCACUCAUGCUAGGAGUUCCAGCUAUGGUGGCCGGUUGCAAAAAGAUUGUUCUUGCCUCUCCACCCAGACCAGACGGUAGCAUCACACCCGAGAUUGUAUAUGUUGCUCACAAGGUUGGCGCGGAGAGUAUCGUUCUGGCAGGAGGCGCGCAAGCUGUUGCUGCCAUGGCAUACGGCACAGAGAGUGUGACCAAAGUUGACAAGAUCCUUGGACCUGGCAACCAGUUCGUUACCGCCGGAAAAAUGUACGUCAGCAACGACACAAAUGCUGGUGUGAGCAUUGAUAUGCCGGCUGGUCCAUCCGAAGUUCUCGUCGUCGCCGAUAGAGAUGCCGAUCCAGCCUUCGUUGCGUCGGAUCUCCUGUCCCAGGCCGAACACGGUGUCGAUAGUCAAGUUGUCUGCAUUGCCGUUGAUCUAACAGAACAGCACUUGCAAGCGAUUGAGGAUGAGUUACACAAGCAGGCCAUGGCUCUCCCGAGAGUUGACAUCGUCCGAGGGGCUAUCGACCACUCGGUGACUAUCCUGGUCAAGGAUAUAGAUGAGGCGAUGAGAAUCAGCAACGAAUACGCUCCUGAGCACUUGAUCCUGCAGGUCAAGGAUGCUGAGAAAGUUGUGGACAAGGUUAUGAAUGCCGGUAGCGUGUUCAUCGGCAAGUGGACGCCGGAAAGUGUUGGCGACUACUCUGCUGGUGUUAACCACUCACUCCCAACAUACGGAUAUGCGAAGCAGUACUCGGGGGUCAACCUCGGUUCCUUCAUUAAGCACAUCACGAGUGCCCACUUGACAGCUGAGGGAUUGAAAAAUGUCGGCGGUGCUGUUAUGCAACUGGCGAAGGUAGAGGAGCUUGAUGCUCACAAGAGGGCAGUGAGCAUAAGGCUUAACUCCUUGGCUAAGCAAUAACCUCGAGUUGCAUCGGUCAUCUAUUCUUGUAUGCGACUUGUUGAAACAAAAUGCGCUUCUAGAGUCUAGAUGGAGCCGGUUUGGACAAGCUCCAGGUAAUGAAAUACCAGAAACAAGAACAGCUCGAGACUGUAAGUGCAGGGUGAAUGGAUUCAAUCAUCUAAUCGGCUGUCCACGGCCCAUUGGCGCUUUGUGGUCUUGUCAUUGCCUAUCUUGACAUUGAUCUUGCUUGUGCGGUUGCCUAAACCAGGUUUUAUGUGUUUAUCUGCAUAACAAAGACAAGAUGGUCCAUCAACCCGUAGUACUUGAACAAGCUCCAGAAAAUUUCAACU